CCAGGCGUUGGGCUUCUCCCCAGCGAUGGGCGAAUAGAAGCUUUAACCGAUGCUUUGAGGCCGUUCCACUGCCACCACCCGUACUGCCACCACCCCCGGGGGCUAGUGGGACUCCGCCGGCCAUCAACGCGCUCAGCCGCUCCCUAUCUUUAUCCGCUGGGGCCGAGGUCGGAGUGUGGAGCCUGAGAGGCCUAGGCCAGGCCCCUACAUCCUCCUUCCUGGGAGAGCAACGGCGGCCCCCGCCUGCCACCCCGCUGCUCUCAUCCAACCGGGCCCAGACUCCCUCUGGCUAUGGCGGUCUCCAGGCUUGAUCGUCUCUUCAUUUUACUGGACACUGGUACCACACCGGUAACAAGAAAAGCAGCUGCACAGCAACUUGGGGAGGUGGUGAAACUCCAUCCCCAUGAACUGAAUAAUCUCUUAUCUAAAGUGUUAAUAUACUUAAGGAGUACAAAUUGGGAUACUCGCAUUGCUGCUGGCCAGGCUGUUGAAGCAAUAGUGAAAAAUGUACCCGAGUGGAAGCCAACUCCAAGACCAAAACAAGAAUCUGAUUCAGAAAAUCCUAUGGACGAUUCAUGUGCCAGUGAUCGUCUGCGUUUUGAUAGAUUUGAUAUCUGUCGACUGUUAAAACAUGGAGCAUCUCUUCUUGGAUCUGCUGGUGCAGAGUUUGAGGUCCAAGAUGACAAAUCAGGUGAAGUUGAUCCUAAAGAGAGGAUAGCACGACAAAGGAAACUGUUACAAAAGAAACUUGGCCUUGAUAUGGGAGCUGCAAUUGGAAUGAACACUGAAGACCUGUUCAAUGAUGAGGAUUUGGACUAUACUCCUACUUCAGCUUCACUUGUAAACAAACAACCUACUCUUCAGGCUGCUGAGUUGAUUGAUUCAGAAUUUCGAGCUGGUAUGAGCAGUAGACAAAAGAAUAAAGCUAAAAGAAUGGCUAAGCUAUUUGCAAAGCAAAGAUCCAGGGAUGCAAAUGAGACUAAUGAGAAGAGCAAUGAUAGCACUGAUGGGGAACCAGAAGAAAAGCGCAGAAAAGUAGCAAAUGUUGUCAUCAACCAGCCUGCCACUGACUCAAAAGUUUUGGUAGACAAUGCACCAGAAGAGGCAAAUGAAUGGCCUUUAGAAAGCUUUUGUGAAGAAGUAUGCAAUGAUCUUUUUAACCCAUCCUGGGAGGUUCGGCAUGGUGCAGGCACUGCGCUGAGGGAAAUACUUAAAGCACAUGGGAAAAGUGGUGGCAAAAUGGGAGACAGUACUGUAGAAGAGAUGGCUCAGCAGCAUCAGGAAUGGCUGGAAGACUUAGUCAUUAGACUCCUUUGUGUCUUUGCAUUAGACAGAUUUGGAGACUUUGUUUCAGAUGAAGUUGUAGCACCAGUACGUGAGACUUGUGCUCAGACUUUGGGAGUAGUAUUGAAACAUAUGAAUGAGACUGGAGUUCAUAAAACUGUGGAUAUUCUCCUGAAGUUGCUCACACAAGAUCAAUGGGAAGUGAGACAUGGCGGUCUGCUCGGAAUAAAGUAUGCUUUGGCAGUUCGUCAGGAUAUGAUUAAUACUUUAUUGCCUAAAGUCUUGCCUGCAAUAAUUGAAGGUCUCCAAGACCUGGAUGACGAUGUCCGAGCUGUUGCUGCAGCAUCUUUAGUACCAGUAGUGGAAAGCCUUGUUCAUCUUCAGUCACAAAAGGUGCCCUUUAUUCUUAAUACACUGUGGGAUGCUCUUCUGGAAUUGGAUGAUCUGACAGCUUCUACAAACAGCAUCAUGAUCCUUCUUUCCUCCCUUCUAACUUAUCCUCAGGUCCAAAAAUGCAGUAUCCAGCAAUCACUCACCGUUUUGGUCCCACGCGUAUGGCCAUUCUUGCAUCAUACUAUAUCAUCUGUUCGAAAAGCAGCAUUGGAAACUUUAUUUACGCUGUUAUCUACCCAAGACCAGAGUUCUUCAGCCUGGCUAACUCCGAUUCUGCAAGAUAUGUUGAGGCACAUUUUUCAGUUUUGUAUUUUAGAAAGCAGCCAAGAUAUUCUGGACCUUAUUCACAAGGUGUGGCUGGAACUGUUGAACAAAGCAUCAGUACAAUACGUGGUAGCAGCGGCUUGCCCAUGGAUGGGAGCCUGGCUCUGCUUAAUGAUGCAGCCUUCUCACUUGCCUAUUGAUUUAAAUAUGUUGCUAGAAGUAAAAGCCAGAUCAAAGGAAAAAGCAGGUGGCAAGCUGCGUCAAGGUCAAACCCAGAACAAAGAAGUGAUACAGGAGUAUAUUGCUGGUGCAGACAGCAUUACAGAAGAUCUGGCAACCAGGGAUUAUGUUGUUAUGCGAGCCCGGGUGAUGGCAGCAAAGUUGUUAGGAGCACUUUGCUGCUGUAUUUGUGAUCCAAGUGUAAAUACCGUUCCUCAAGAAAUAAAGCCAGCUGAAUCACUAGCUCAGCUACUGCUUUUCCAUUUGAAUUCGAAAUCUGCCUUGCAGAGGAUUAGUGUUGCGUUAGUAAUCUGUGAGUGGGCUGCCUUGCAAAAGGAAUGUAAAGCUGUGGCCCUUUCUGUGCAGCCACGCUUACUUGGAGUCCUUUCUGAGCACCUCUAUUAUGAUGAAAUUGCUGUUCCCUUUACACGAAUGCAGAAUGAAUGUAAACAGCUCAUUUCAUCACUAGCUGAUGCACACAUUGACAUUGGGAACAGAGUAAACUACAGUGUGUUUACAAUAGAUCAAGCUAAUGAACUGGUUACUACUGUUUUCAAUGAAGUUACAUCAGCUUUUAAUUUAAAUCCUAAUAUUUUACAACAAUUGGACAGUAAACGACAACAAGUCCAAAUGACCGUUACAGAAACAAACCAGGAAUGGCAAGUGUUACAGCUGCGAGUCCAUACUUUUGCUGCAUGUGCUGUUGUGAGCUUGCAACGACUUCCAGAAAAACUAAAUCCUGUCAUAAAACCUUUAAUGGAAACUGUCAAAAAAGAAGAGAAUACACUGGUACAAAACUAUGCAGCUUUAUGUGUAGCUAAGUUACUUCAACAGUGUAUAUCAAGAUCUCCAUGCCCCAACUCGAAGAUCAUAAAAAAUCUCUGCAACUCUCUCUGUGUGGACCCACAUCUUACUCCCUUAGCAGCAUGUCCUGCGCAACCUCAAAGCAGCCAUGAAAAUUCUAAAGGACCCAACUCUGAGAGAGAUGGGAUGCACCAUACGGUCACCAAGCACAGAGGAAUAAUUACACUGUACAGACAUCAGAAAGCUGCUUUUGCCAUCACGAGUAGGCGAGGUCCUACACCAAAGGCUCCAAAAGCCCAAAUUGCAGACCUGCCCACAGGCAGUAGUGGAAACAUCGCCACAGAACUUGAUGAGGCUCAGAAGCCAUAUAUUGUACAGAGGAGAGGAGCUGAAUUUGCCUUAUCCACUAUAGCUAAACAUUUCGGUGCUGAAAUGGUACUAGGAUUGCCACAUCUCUGGGAUGCUAUGGUUGGUCCACUAAGAAAUAAUACUAACCUAAACAGUUUUGAUCGGAAGUCCUUAUUGGAAAAGGGAGAUGUGUCUGCUCAGGAGUUGGUCAAUUCUCUACAGGUGUUUGAAACAACAGCAGCUUCAAUGGACAUUCAGCUUCACCCUUUGUUGAUACAGCAUUUGCCUCAUCUUUAUAUGUGCCUUCAACAUCCGAGCACUGCAGUGAGACACAUGGUUGCUCGUUGUGUAGGUGUCAUGAGCAAAAUAGCUACCAUGGAAACAAUGAAUAUUUUGUUAGAGAAGAUUAUUCCAUGGCUGGGAGCAAUAGAUGACAAUACCAAACAAGAGGGUGCAAUUGAAGCACUUGCUUCUGUAAUGGAACAGCUAGAUGUUGGUAUUGUUCCAUAUAUUGUCCUUCUAGUGGUCCCAGUUUUGGGUCGAAUGAGCGAUCAGACGGACAGUGUACGUUUCAUGGCUACUCAGUGCUUUGCAACUCUAAUUAGACUAAUGCCCCUUGAGGCUGGCAUUCCAGAUCCACCGAACAUGUCUGAAGAAUUAAUCCUACUGAAAGCCAAAGAGCGCCAUUUUCUGGAGCAACUAUUGGAUGGAAAAAAAUUGGAAAACUAUAAAAUUCCUGUCCCAAUCAAAGCAGAGCUCAGAAAAUAUCAGCAGGAUGGUGUGAAUUGGCUGGCAUUUCUUAAUAAGUACAAACUUCAUGGAAUUCUUUGUGAUGAUAUGGGUUUAGGAAAAACAUUGCAGUCCAUUUGUAUUCUUGCAGGAGAUCAUUGCCUCAGGGCUCAAGAAUAUGCAAGAACUAAAUUGGUAGACAGUGUUCCUCUUCCAUCCUUGGUGGUUUGUCCUCCAACGCUUACAGGUCAUUGGGUGGAUGAAGUGAGUAAAUUUUGUUCCAAAGAGUAUCUCAGUCCUUUGCACUAUACCGGACCUCCCACUGAAAGAGCAAGAUUACAACACCAAGUGAAAAGGCACAAUCUCAUAGUAGCUUCAUAUGAUGUUGUGCGAAAUGACAUUGAUUUCUUCAGAAAUAUUAAGUUUAACUACUGUAUUCUUGAUGAAGGCCAUGUAAUCAAAAAUGGAAAAACAAAAUUGUCAAAAGCAGUAAAGCAGUUGACUGCCAAUUAUAGGAUAAUUCUUUCUGGGACACCAAUCCAGAAUAACGUUUUAGAGUUGUGGUCACUGUUUGACUUCCUUAUGCCAGGAUUUUUGGGUACUGAACGCCAGUUUGCAGCUCGUUAUGGCAAACCAAUAUUAGCAAGUAGAGAUGCUCGGAGUUCCAGUCGAGAACAAGAGGCAGGAGUUCUUGCAAUGGAAGCACUGCACCGUCAAGUAUUGCCAUUUCUAUUGAGAAGAAUGAAAGAGGAUGUACUACAGGAUCUUCCACCCAAAAUUAUUCAAGAUUAUUACUGUACUCUCAGUUCUCUACAGGUUCAGCUUUAUGAAGAUUUUGCCAAGUCUCGUGCCAAAUGUGAUGUUGAUGAAACUGUUUCAUCUGCUUCACUGAAUGAGGAGACUGAAAGGCCAAAGCUUAAAGCUACAGGACAUGUGUUUCAGGCAUUGCAAUAUUUACGAAAACUGUGUAACCAUCCAGCAUUAGUGUUAACAACCCAGCAUCCAGAAUACAAGAGAACCACAGAGCAGCUUGCAGCUCAUAACUCAUCCCUUCGAGAUAUCCAGCAUGCGCCUAAACUGUCUGCUUUAAAACAACUACUACUAGACUGUGGUUUGGGAAAUGGUGGCUCUUCAGAGAGUGGCACAGAAGCUGUUGUGGCUCAGCACAGGAUACUUAUCUUCUGUCAGCUCAAGAGCAUGCUGGAUAUAGUAGAACAUGACCUUCUCAAACCUCAUUUGUCCUCUGUUACAUAUUUGCGAUUGGAUGGCAGCAUACCUGCUGGUCAAAGGCAUUCCAUUGUCUCACGGUUUAAUAAUGACCCAUCCAUAGAUGUUCUUUUGCUCACCACUCAUGUUGGUGGACUGGGACUUAACUUAACAGGAGCUGACACAGUAGUGUUUGUGGAACAUGACUGGAACCCAAUGAGAGAUCUGCAAGCAAUGGAUCGAGCGCAUCGUAUUGGGCAGAAACGUGUUGUCAAUGUGUAUCGCUUGAUAACGAGAGGAACUUUGGAAGAGAAAAUUAUGGGUCUGCAGAAGUUCAAAAUGAAUAUUGCAAAUACAGUGAUUAGCCAAGAGAAUGCUAGCCUACAAAGCAUGGGAACAGAUCAGCUUCUUGACCUAUUCACUCUUGACAAGGAUGGGAAAAGUGAAAAAGCAGAUACUUCUUCUGGGAAAGCCUCUAUGAAAUCAGUUCUUGAAAAUCUGGGAGAACUUUGGGAUCCAGAACAGUAUGAUUCUGAAUACAGUCUAGAAAGCUUUAUGCAUUCACUCAAGUAACCAUCUUAU